GUAGUCGGCAUCUCUGGUGGCGCCGCCCUCCCCGUCUUCGACGCGCUGCACGAUGGCCCCCCCUUCAAAUUCAUCUUAGCCCACCACGAGCAAGGCGCCGGCCACAUGGCCGAGGGGUAUGCGCGCGCAUCAGGCAAGCCGGGCGUGGUGCUCGUGACAUCGGGGCCGGGCACGUCGAACCUGGCGACGCCGCUGCUAGACGCGCUGCGCGACGGGGUGCCGCUGGUGGCCGUGUGCGGCGACGUCGCCACGGCCGUGCAGGGCUCGGGCGCGUUCCAGGAGAUCGACACGCUGGCGCUGGCGCGGCCCUGCACGAAAUGGUGUGGCAUGCCGGCGCACGUCGACGAUCUGCCGGCUUGCAUCGCUAGGGCCUUUCAUGAGGCUACGACCGGGCGACCCGGUCCGACCCUCCUCGCUAUCCCGAGAGAUGUCGCCAAGGCGCGCUUCACGCCUGGUGCGGCUGGGCUAGUUGGCGACCAGCCUGCGAUAGCAGACUCCGCAGACAACCUCGGAGAGACCCUGGACGCAGUCACCCGACUGCUCCGCGUGGCCAAGCAGCCGGUCCUUAUCGCUGGCCACGGGCUGCUGAACGCCGCGCACGGCCCAGUCCUGCUGCGACGACUAACAGAGACAGUCCCCAUUCCCACGGCAACCACGCUGCUCGGCAUGGGCGCCGUCGACGAGCUGCACCCGCUCGCGCUCGGCAUGCUGGGCACGUACGGCACGGUGCCCGCCAACCUGGCGGUGCAGAAUGCGGACCUGAUUCUGGCGCUGGGGGCGCGCCUGGACGAGCGCGCGGUGGGCGACGCAGCGGGGUUCGGGCCUGCGGCGCGGCAAGCAGCGCGCGAAGGACGCGGCGGGAUCGUGCAUUUCGAUAUCCACGCGCCGCAUAUCGGGAAGGUGGUGGCGCCCACCGUGGCGGUCGAGGGCGAUCUCGCCGUGACGCUGGCGCUGUUGCUGCGGCGGGUGGAGGAGAACACCCCCGAGGGAUGCGGAGAGUGGUUGCGGCGCGUGCAGGCGUGGAAGGAGACGUAUCCCCUUGCAUAUCAGCCGCCGGCCGAGGAGAAGCGCCCAUCGUUGCUGCUGCCCCAGGAGGUGGUUGCGGAGCUGGAUGCGCAGACGAGUGGCCGGAAGGAUUCGACGAUCGUCACGACCGGCGUCGGGCAGCAUCAGAUGUGGAUGGCGCGGUACUACCGGUGGCGGCGGCCGGGAACGCUGGUCAGUUCCGGCGGGCUGGGCACGAUGGGCUUUGGCUUGCCCGCGGCCAUCGGGGUCAAGCUGGCCCGCCCGGAGUGCGCGGUGGUCGACAUUGAUGGCGAUGCGUCGCUGUGCAUGACGGUCGAGGAGAUGCUGACGGCCGUGCAGCAUGGCGUGGCCGUCAAGGUGCUGGUGCUGCGCAAUGAGGAGCAGGGCAUGAUUCAGGAGUUGCAGGAGGCCGAGUUCGACGGCCGCGUCACGCAGGCCCGUCAGCGUAAUCCGAAUUUCGCGCAGUUGGCGCAAAGUAUGGGGGCGCGGGCGCGUCGAUGUGACACUCGUGGGGAGUUGGGAGAGUGUAUAGCCUGGUUGCUGGGAAUGGAGGGAGUGGCAUUGUUGGAGGUGCUGGUCCAGGGAGGAGUGCCUAUGGUGCCCAAGGUGGCGGGGGGGAAGGCGUUGGAUGCUAUAUUGGAGGGGCUGUGAUGUACUGUAUGUCUUGGCUUUGCAACUUA